CAAAUACAGAGAUGCAAUCUACAAAGGAGAAGCUGAGCAACAUGGCCAGUGCUGCCAAAGAGCACAUCGACAUCUACAAAGCCAAAAUAGACGAAAAGGCAGAGAAAGCAACGGCAAGAACAGAGGAAGAGAAGGUAAUAGCACAUGAACGAGCCAAGGCUAAGGAAGCUCAAGCAAAGAUGGAGCUACAUGAAGCCAAAGGCAGGCAUGCCUCUGAGAAGCUAAGCGCCAAGCAACCACAUCAUUUGGUGGGCCAUCACGACCCAUCCUUGGUUGGAGCUCACCAACAUGGGAUGAACCAACCAGGCUAUGGGGCAGCUCCAGCAGUGCCUGAAAACUCUCACCCAUAUGCAGGAAACUAUCACGUGAACAAGCAUAUUUAG